UCAGCUGAUUAUCUUAAGUACGCCGGCAAGCAAAUGCAAGGUUUUAUAUAGAUAUAUUUUGAGCGUGAUAAAACAUAAUAAAUAUUGUGUAAUCAUAACAAGAAUCCGGCCCUUUUAAUAGUAAGUACAAAAUUUUAAAUAGUAAAAAAUGUGGCCCAUUAUCAUGGCGGUACUGCGCCGCAAUGCUGUCUACAUAACGCUACCUAUUGCUGCAGUUGUGGGUUUCAUUGGUUACAAUCUCGAGCGAAAGCUCUCGGACAGAUACACGCCAUAUAGCAAAUCUAUACAAGAGUGUCGCGCUGAACGCUUGGCCGAGGAAGAGUUGACCGACCCAACAGGCGUGGAAAAGUUGCGGUUAAAUACGAAUGUUCUGGAAAGGAAUCUAUCCCCUUCUUUGCAGCCAAAGACGUGAACUACCAGCAAGAUAUUAAAUAUCUUCUGAAAUUAGACAGGCUAAUAAAAAAG